AUGGAUAAAAUGUUUGCAAGAUUUGAAGGUAGAAAAAGUUUGAAAAAAACCAAGAAUGUUGAUGUACAUGAUGAUAAGGUUGAAUGUGGUCAUGAUAGAGACAAUAUUAAGUAUGUUGAAGUUGUUGAUAGUGAUGAUGAGGAGUUAGUUAGUGAAGAAUUUGAUGAAAGUGAUAAAAUGUAUGAUGAUAUAGGUAGUAUGCAUGAAAGUAGUGGUAAUUUGCAUGAUCAUGGUGAGGAUAAUGUUGAUGGAGAUGACCCUAUUAUUAUUCCCCACUUGAAUCAACAAUUUCCUAAUUUACAAGCCGGGGAGAAUAUGUUUAGGGCGUAUGCUUUAAAGAAUGGUUUUGCAAUUAAGAUACAAAACACACAGAAGCGUGCCAAAGAUAAAUCCAUAUAUGGUCGAUUGUAUGUUUGUAAUUUAGCGGGAGAAACUCGUGGGAAAAACCCCGUUGAUGACGAUGAAAUUUUGAUUGGUAGUCUUGGUAGUGUUAAGGGCAAACGGCGUAGAGAUGUGCUUCCUAGGAGUGGUUGCAAAGUUAGAAUGUACUUGGUUAAUAAGAAAAAAACAAGUCAUUGGGAGAUAACCGGUUUGGAAUUAGAACACAAUCACCAAGUUGUUACCCCUUCUAAGAUGAGUUUGAUAAGACGGGAGAAACGUGUUAGCGCGGCACAAAAAAAUUUGAUCAAGAGCUUAUAUGUUUCGGGUGUCCAACCAAGACAACAAAUGAAUAUAUUUGGUAAAAUGCACGGAGGAGCGGAACAAGUAGGUUUUAACAGCCAAAAUUUAAGAAAUGUCGUACGUGAUUUUAGGAAGGACAACAUGGGAGUUAAUGAUGCUCAAGCCGGUUUGGAUUUGUUGUACCGUUUGCAAGAAGAGAGCGGCGGUAAGUUUUUCAUCAAGACUCUCCUCGAUGACGAACAAAGAUUGAAGUGUCUUGUAUGGGUCGAUCCCCGCUCUUUGAUGGCCUACAAAAACUUCGGUGAUGUGGUUGCGUUUGACACUACAUAUCGAACUAAUAGGUAUGCUAUGCCGUUUGUGCCUUUCACCGGAGUCAACCAUCACUAUCAAUCAAUACUUUUUGGUUUUGCACUCGUUCGGGAUGAAUUGAAGACAACUUUUGAGUGGGUUUUGAGUACUUGGCUAGAAGCAAUGGAAGGCAAAGAACCCUUGGUUAUCAUAACCGAUCAAGAUCAAGCCAUGGCCGCGGCUAUUGAAUCACAACUUCCGAACACAUCACAUUUGUUAUGCUCAUGGCACAUUAGCAACAAAUUCCCCGAGAAACUUGCAACAUAUUAUUCCAAGGAAGGGUUUAAAUUCGAUUUCAACAAUUGCAUAUAUCACUCUUUGACUGAAGUUGUGUUUGAAGAUCGGUGGAAUGCUUUGGUUUUGAAGUACAAUUUGGAAGGCAAUACAUGGCUUCAAGGGUUAUAUGCUUUGAAGCAUAAGUGGGUCGAGGCUUACACAAGAAACACUUUUUCUGCGGGUCAAAAGACCACAUCAAGAAGUGAAGGAAUGAAUGCAUAUUUCGAUGCCUAUGUUGGUUCUUGCACCGGUUUGAAAGAUUUUGUAGAGGGUGCACAAAAAUCUUUGGAGAGGCAAUUCAUGCGUGAGAAAGACGAGGAUUAUGUGACGUUUCAUAGAAGUCGUUGCAUGCAAAUGAAAACCGCUAUGGAGCACCACGCAGCUUCCAUUUAUACGAAAGAAAUGUUUCGAAGAUUUCAGGAACAAUUGGUUGAAUCAUCUAAGUACUUUGUGGAGAAAGAUAGAGAUCGGUCCUUGGAAGAUGUUCAAGACACGUUCUACAAAUGUUAUAGACCGUUGAUGCGUGCUUCUCAGAGAAACACGUAUCUUGUAUCAUUCAACAAGGUGUCAUUAUGGGGUUCAUGCAUUUGUAAAAUGUAUGACAAUGUUGGCAUACCAUGCCGUCACAUUAUUGUCGUCUUGACGAAGAGGUGUGUGGCGGAACUACCGGAACAUUUUGUCAAACGGCGUUGGACAAGGGACGCCAAUAGAGUUGAUGGCAAGUUGCCAUAUCACUCGUCCGAAUUUCAAUCACAAUCUCAUGAAAUGACUCCCACGGAAAGAUUCAACCACAUGACAUUACUUACCAUGGCGUUUAGUCAUAGUUGCAUGGCAUCGAAAGAGCGGUAUGAGUAUGCCGUUGGGGUUAUUAAUCGGGAAACAGAAAUACUUGAGAGCAUGCCCGUUGACGGGGUCGAAAAUGAAGGAGGUGAAUUAAAUCCAAAAACAACUCAAGAAGGUGGUGAGAAAUUGCAUGAGAGUGAAAUGGCCGACGGUUCGGAUGAUGAGUCAGUGUCACACGUCAGCAACUCAAUCUCGGACUCGGAAGAAAUGUGUGAUUCACCUAGUUUUAGCUUCUUGGAGGACGCGAUUCGUGAGCUCGACGAACUUGCAGAAAUGUACGAACCACCAUCCCACUCGGAAGAAAUGUGUGAUUCACCUAGUUUUAGCUUCUUGGAGGAAGCAAUUUAUGAGCUAGACGAAUUGGCACAGAUGCACGAACCACCUCCCCAAUUGGAGGAAGAAGACACCGAGUUGUACCCGCCUGAGGAAGCGGCCUACCGGUCAAGAAAUUGGACCGAAGCUUGUCAGUGGUGUGCAAGCGAUAACAUGUUCGAAAGGGUGGCUUAUAACUUGACCCCAUAUUUUCUACCUAUUUUGAACUUGGGUAAGGACUAUCCCGACGGGCCAAACAAAGUAUCGUUGUGGGAUGGUGGUGAUAUUGUGACGUGUGAUAGGAUAGCCGACAUUAUGAAGUUGAGGCCUCGCCCGGGUUGCACGCGUGACCAAAUGCGAAUUGAAUAUGUCAAGGGGUGGGUGUCCAACCUUCGUGGUGAUGAUACGGGAAAAUGGAUAACGCGCAAAGAACCAUGGAGCAAAUUUCGUCUCUACGAUGGGUCUAAUAGCAUUCAUGUCACACUAUGGAAUGAUCACAAUACGCAUGCCAAUGUGACCGAAGGUGUGCUCCGUGAAGGUUGUGUUGUUGUGCGUAUUGGGUGGCAUGCUUCAUUAGAGCCGAUGCGACGCCCGGGCAUUCCACACACCGACUAUCGGGAGGCUUCUCCAACAUUUUAG